AUGAGUGGUCAAGUACCAUUUUCUGUGAAGCUUAAGACGUCAUUAAAGAUGUGCAUUCAACGGCUAAGAUAUGCUCAGGAGAAACAGCAGUCGUUAGCAAAAAAGUCGAGGAGGGAAGUGGCCCAACUUUUAAGUGAGGGCAAAGAGCAGAAGGCGCAAUAUAGGAUCGAAAGUUUGAUCAACGACGAUAUCCAUGAGGAGCUCCUAGAAAUUCUGGAAUUGUAUUGUGAGUUAUUGCAUGCCAGGAUCGCUCUGCUAAAUAAUGUGGUGGAUGAAGCUGACUUGAUAGAAAAUCAUGCGGACGAUGGAAUCAAUGAGGCUGUGAGAGCUGUGGUAUAUGCAGUGCUUCAUGCUCCGGAAGUUAAGGAAUUCCAGCAAGUUAAAGAAUUGCUUGCGUUCAAAUUUGGUGUGGAUUUCCUCCGAGCAAUCAUUGAAGAUAAAAUUGGUGUUCCCGACAAAGUUCUCAAAAAGUGCAGUCCCAAUCUGCCAGAAGAGGAAUUGGUCACCCUUUACCUGAGAGAAAUUGCUACGACUUACGAGGUUCCCUUCAGUAAAGCUCAAGAUUCUAGUUCUAAAGGUGGUGACCUUUUCGAAGACGACAAGAAAGCACCAUCACCCUCGAGCUCCAGUUCCGACGAUGGUAAACCCAUAGUGGCCGUAGAUAGUGGAUCUGUCGAAAACAGAAAUCACCCGAUAGUUGUUAAAAAGCCUCGCAAGAAUAGUGACAACAUGGGUAUUGAUUUAAAGGUACCCCAGGCCAUCAAGAAAGAUAUCCGAGUUAUGCCUCCUAGAGAAAACGAUGGCGACCCCGAUUUAGAUGAGCUCAAGAAGAGAUUUGCUGCGCUGCGGAGAUAA